AUGGAUUUCUGCCAGAAUCAAGAAUCAAACAUGAUGACCAACAACAACACAAGAAGAUUGUUCCAGCGGUUCUCCAAAUAUCAAGGACUUGCAGUUGUUCUUGAUGAGGAGGAGGACGCUCUAUUCAGAGCUAGUCCAGCCGCUUACAAAGUGUCUAAGACUGCCUCUGAGAAUAACCAGAUUUCUCAGGUUGAGAGUGUUUCUCCAAAAGACACUUUCUCUGGGAACGACGGUGUCUCUGUGGUAGUUUUCCUACAUGAGAGUGAUGGUGUCUCUGAGACGUUUCUUUGCUCUGAGACUGACACCUCCUUUCCGACAAACCGUGUCUCUGUGAUGGACACCUUCUCUGAGAUUGACUCUGUCUCUCAGAUUGAAGGUGUUGCUCCAGUGGACACUUUCUCUGAGACUGAUGAUGUCUCUCCAACUGAUGGUGUUCCUCCAAUGGACACCUUUUAUGAAACUGAAGCUGUCUCUCAGAUUGAUGGUGUGCCUUUAACGCACACUGUCUCUGAGACUGACACUGUCUCUCAGAUCGAUAGAGUUCCUAUUAUGGACACUUUCUCUGAGAUUGACUCUGUCACACAUCACAACCAAUACCCACCCAGCACAAGUAAGAUGUACUCUUACUUUGAGUAUCGCAGGAAGAAGGCUGACCCUACAAACACAAGAAGACUGAUUCAGCGUUUUUCUGAAUAUCAAGGACUUGCAGUUGUUCUUGAUGAGGAAGAAGAUGAUAUAUUCAGGGCGAGUCCAGCUUUCAAAGUGUCUAAGACUGCCUCUGAGACUAACCAGAUUUCUCAGAUUGAGAGUGUUUCUCCAAAAGACACUUUCUCUGAGAAUGACGGCGUCUCUCAGGGUGAUGGUGUGCCUUCAACCGACACUGUCUCUGAGACGGACGCUGUCUCUCAGAUUGAUAGAGUUCCUGUGAUGGACACUUUCUCUGAGAUUGUCUCUCAGAUUGAAGGUGUUGCUCCAGUUGACACUGUCUCUGAGACGGACGCUGUCUCUCAGAUUGAAGGUGUUGCUCCAGUGGACACUGUCUCUGAGACUGAGGCUGACACUGUCUCUCAGAUUGAUAGAGUUCCUAUUAUGGACACUUUCUCUGAGAUUGACUCUGUCACACAUUACAACCAAUACCCACCCAGCACAAGUAAGAUGUACUCUGAGUGUCACAAGAAGAAGGCUGACCCUACAAACACAAGAAGACUAGUUCAGCGUUUCUCUAAAUAUCAAGGACUUGCAGUUGUUCUUGAUGAGGAAGAAGACGCUAUAUUCAGGGCGAGUCCAGCUUUCAAAGUGUCUAAGACUGCCUCUGAGACCAACCAGAUUUCUCAGAUUGAGAGUGUUUCUUCAAAAGACAGUUUCUCUGAGAUUGAUGCUGUCUCUCAGAUUGAUAGAGUUCCUGUGUUGGACACUUUCUCUGAAACUGACGAUGUCUCUCAGGCUAGCUCUGCUUCAGAGGACUCAGGAAAGCAUAAAGAAGAUGCUGACUUCAACAUCUUGUUAGCCACUGACUCCUACAAGGUGACACAUUACAACCAAUACCCGCCCAACACUAGUAAGAUGUACUCUUACUUUGAGUGCCGUGAGAAGAAGGCCAACCCCAACAAACCCAGGAAAAUCAGAUAUGACACGACGGUCUUCUAUGGACUUCAGUAUGUUCUCCACAAGUACUUUAAAGGACAGGUCGUCACACUGGAGAAGAUUCAGGAAGCAAAGGAAGUGUACCGGGAACACUUUCAUGACGACAUGUUCAAUGAGAAAGGAUGGAAUUACAUUCUGGAGAAGUACAACGGCCAUCUUCCCAUCGAGAUCAAGGCUGUGCCAGAGGGAAGUGUAAUCCCGCGUGGAAACGUGCUGUUCACUGUGGAAAACACAGAUGAUGAGUGCUACUGGCUGACUAACUGGAUAGAGACGAUUCUUCUGCAGAUCUGGUAUCCUAUCACUGUCGCGACCAACUCGCGAGAGCAAAAGAAGAUUCUGGCCAAAUAUCUGAUGGAAACCUCUGGAAGCCUGGACGGGCUUGAAUAUAAGCUGCACGAUUUCGGCUACAGAGGAGUUUCAUCUCAGGAAACAGCUGGAAUCGGUGGAUCUGCACACUUGGUAAACUUCAAAGGAACAGACACCAUGGCUGGGAUCAGACUCAUCAAGAAAUAUUACGGCACUAAAGAGCCAGUUGCUGGUUUCUCGGUGCCAGCUGCAGAGCACAGCACGAUCACAGCCUGGGGAAAGGACCACGAGAAGGACGCUUUCGAACACAUUGUCAGGAUGUUCCCAUCCGUCCCUGUAUCUGUGGUCAGUGACAGCUACGACAUCUACAACGCCUGCGAGAAGAUCUGGGGCGAAGAACUGAGGUCUCUGGUGGAGAUGCGUAGCGCAGACGCCCCGCUGGUGGUCCGACCCGAUUCAGGAGACCCUCUAGAAACAGUUCUGAGAGUGCUCGAGAUCCUAGGAGAGAAGUUCCCUCCGCUCGAGAACUCCAAAGGCUAUAAGGUGCUGCCCCCCUACAUCAGAGUCAUCCAGGGGGAUGGCAUCGACAUAGAGUCUUUACAGGACAUCUUAGAGGGCAUAAAAAAGCACGGAUGGAGCAUUGAGAACAUCGGCUUUGGUUCAGGAGGAUCUUUGCUGCAGAAACUGAACCGAGAUAUGCUCAGCUGCUGCUUUAAGUGCAGUUAUGCGGUGACAAACGGGGUGCCCAUAAACGUCUUUAAAGACCCCAUUGCAGACCCCACUAAAAAGUCAAAGAAAGGCCGGCUUUCCCUUCACAGGACACCCAGUGGAAGUCUGGUGACACUGGAAGAGGGAAGCGGCAGUCUGGGGGAGUACGGAGAAGACUUGCUCCAGACUGUGUUUAGGAAUGGGAAGAUCAUAAAGACGUACACCUUCGAUGAGGUCAGAGAAAAUGCGGAGCUGAAGGAGAGUGAAUUGUGUCCCUCUGAGCAGCUCCCAUCAUCCCCUUCUUCACCACACUGCUCACAGACCCGAGCACACACACAACAUGCAGAAACAGGAACAUAACAAAGUAUAGCCAGGAAAAACAGGACUCCACCGUUCCCGACCCUCUCCGACAUCCAGACUGCAGCUCUGCCUUAAGUUUUGUCCAGAGGAGAACUGGUCCCCCGACCGAGCCUGGUUUCUCCCAAGGUUUUUUCUCCACCUAAAUAGGUGGAGUUUGGUUCCUUGCCACUGUCGCCUCUGGCUUGCUUGGUUGGGGCUGGCAGAGCUGCACAUCGGUGGGAUGACCUUCAACAGGGACAUUUGUAUUAAAUGAUAAUAUUGGCUAAAUAAUAAGAGUGUAGUAGAUGGAAAUGGACACACCAAGAGCCACACACACACACCGGUGUUUCCUCUUUCUCAAGUAAAUCCUGAGUGAAAAUCCCGGUUAAAAAAAACAAGCAGAUCAGAACAAAAUACAGACUGCUAUGUUCCACACAGGAUCAUUAAUAUGCACACCCCAGACUGUGUUUGAUUGGCCACAAUUCCUAGUGAGUUUACUGUUACAAACUCUAUUUUAAAAGUGCAGAUUUGGGGAGGGGAUAGGUAACAAAAAGGACACACAAAAAUCCUAUUCUCUAUUAAUUUAGAGCAGGGCUCCCCAAACCCAGAGACCUACCUGGAAACUUCUAAUGUGCCUUCAUCAAGAACACAGAAUACAGCAGAACACGCAUGAAGAUUCGAUAAUACACACACUGGGGAAUUCCAAGUGAUACUUCUGUCAAAAUAAACACACACACACAUACACAAAGUAUUUCCCAAAUGACAGAACUUAUCGUAUCAAGAAAAUCUGCAGAUUCCCUCCCCCUACAGAACAGAGUGGCUAAUAAGACUCACGAUUGGCUAUUUUCAGCUUAACUGGAAGUGUAGCAUUGCACUUUUCCUCAUUCAUUGUUUUCUGGAGGAAAGAACUGAAGAGUCAGAGUGAAACACCAAUCAGAAGUGUUAAAAAGAGCUCACGGUGUGUUUCAUAUGAUUUUUUUGUUUUCUGUUUUUAAGAAAUGUCACUUGUUUUUAUGUAAAUGAUGUUCAAUAAAACUGUAUG